UAAGGGCUGGCGGGCGCUUGGCAUUUCUGACACGCGUCGGUGGGUUGCGAGACCGAGCAGUAGGCUACCCUUGCAGCUCAGCCGGUGGGAGAGUUUCCCUUCCGGGUUGGGGGGCGGCGCAGGCGCAGACUUGGCGAGAGAGGCCACUUUGGUGGGCAGAGAGCUGCUUCCCGGGUAGCUUUUCCCAGGAUCGGCAGCAUCUUUGGGGGUCCCCAAUCCAGGUCAGAGACCCUACACCGCGAGGGAAGGUUCCUCGGGACUGAGGGUCGCGGACUCCGGUAGGGUAAAAGGACCUGGAUUACACCGGACCCGAAUCACCGACCAUUGGCUAUGGCGGCCCUCGGCCCCGGCAGCCAGAAUGUCACUGAGUAUGUUGUUCGAGUUCCUAAAAAUACAACCAAAAAAUACAACAUCAUGGCGUUUAAUGCAGCAGAUAAAGUCAAUUUUGCUACUUGGAAUCAGGCCCGGCUGGAACGGGACCUAAGCAACAAGAAGAUUUACCAGGAAGAGGAGAUGCCUGAGUCUGGCGCAGGCAGUGAGUUCAACCGCAAGCUUCGGGAGGAGGCACGGAGGAAGAAGUAUGGCAUCGUUCUCAAAGAGUUUCGUCCAGAGGACCAGCCCUGGCUGCUCCGUGUCAACGGCAAAUCAGGCAGGAAGUUCAAGGGCAUAAAGAAGGGAGGCGUGACCGAGAACACAUCCUACUACAUCUUCACCCAGUGCCCUGAUGGGGCCUUUGAAGCCUUCCCUGUGCAUAACUGGUACAACUUCACCCCACUGGCUCGUCACCGCACGCUCACCGCAGAGGAGGCUGAGGAGGAGUGGGAGAGGAGAAACAAAGUCCUGAACCACUUCAGCAUCAUGCAGCAGCGGCGGCUCAAGGACCAGGACCAGGACGAGGAGGACGAGGAGAAGGAGAGACGCAGCCGCAAGAAGGCGAGCGAGCUGCGGAUCCACGACCUGGAAGACGACCUGGAGAUGUCAUCCGAUGACAGCGAGGCCAGUGGCGAGGAGGGUGGCCGAGCCCCCAAGACGAAGAAGAAGGCGCCGCAGGUCAAGGCCGGCAGGAAGAAGAAGAAGAAGAAGGGGUCAGAUGACGAGGCCUUUGAAGACAGUGACGACGGAGACUUCGAGGGCCAGGAGGUGGACUACAUGUCGGACGGCUCCAGUAGCUCCGGGGAUGAGCUUCCAGGCAAGCCGAAGGUCACGCAGCAGGAAGAGGGCCCCAAGGGUGUGGACGAGCAGAGUGAGAGCAGUGAGGAGAGCGAGGAGGAGAAGCAGCCCGAGGAGGACAAGGAGGAGGAGGAGGAGAAGAAGGCCCCCACGCCUCAGGAGAAGAAGCGGAGGAAAGACAGCAGCGAUGAGUCGGACAGCUCGGAGGAGAGUGACAUUGACAGUGAGGCCUCCUCAGCCCUCUUCAUGGCGAAGAAGAAGACACCACCCAAGAGGGAGCGGAAGCCAUCGGGUGGGAGCUCUCGGGGCAACAGCCGGCCCAGCACGCCCAGCACCGAGAGCGGCAGCACCUCCUCCACCCUCAGGGCGGCUGCCAGCAAGCUUGAGCAGGGGAAGCGGACAAGUGAGACACCCGCGGCCAAGAGGUUGCGGCUGGAUGCUGCGCCGCAGAGCCUGUCGGGAAAGUCCACCCCUCAACCCCAGUCCGGGAAGUCGACCCCCAGUAGCGGGGAUGUGCAGGUGACGGAGGACGCCGUGCGCCGCUACCUGACGCGCAAGCCCAUGACCACCAAGGAUCUGCUGAAGAAGUUCCAGACCAAGAAGACGGGGCUGAGCAGUGAGCAGACGGUGAACGUGCUGGCCCAGAUCCUCAAGCGCCUCAACCCCGAGCGCAAGAUGAUCAACGACAAGAUGCACUUCUCCCUCAAGGAGUGAGGGUCUGGCCCCCACCCCGCCCCAAUAAACCACCUUUGUUCUCUGCA